AGAAGUGAUGGAGGAGACCUCAGAAGGGGCGUCUCUGCCAUCAGGGCCUGAUGGAAAGAAGAGGAAGGUGAGCUACUUCUACGAGCCGUCGGUUGGGAAUUAUUACUACGGACAGCGGCACCCGAUGAAGCCCCAUAGGAUCAGGAUGGCCCACAACCUCAUCAUCCGCUAUUCCCUCCACCGUCUGAUGGAGGUCAACCGCCCGUUCCCCGCCGGCGUCGACGAAAUCCGACGCUUCCACUCCGACGACUAUGUGGAAUUCCUGUCGUCCGUCACACCCGAAACCUUCCAUGACCAUACCCACUCUCGCCUCCUCCAGCGCUUCAACAUCGGCGUGGACUGUCCAGUCUUUGAUGGUCUCUUCCCCUUCUGCCAGGCCUCCGCUGGUGGCUCCAUAGGCGCUGCCGUCAAGCUCAACCGUGGCGACGCCGACAUCGCCCUCAAUUGGGCCGGUGGUUUGCAUCACGCCAAGAAGUGCGAGGCUUCUGGCUUCUGUUAUGUCAACGACAUCGUUCUUGGCAUUCUUGAGCUUCUUAAGGUCCACAGGCGCGUGUUGUAUGUAGAUAUUGACGUCCACCAUGGAGAUGGAGUUGAAGAGGCAUUUUAUACAACAGACAGAGUCAUGACUGUUUCUUUUCAUAAAUAUGGGGAUUUUUUCCCUGGAACAGGUCAUCUGAAGGAUACUGGAGUGGGCCCGGGGAAGUACUAUGCUCUUAAUGUCCCUCUAAAUGGUGGAAUGGAUGAUGAUAGCUUCCGGAGCCUGUUUCGUCCUAUCAUUCAGAAAGUCAUAGAGGUUUAUCAGCCAGAUGCAGUUGUUCUUCAAUGCGGCGCUGAUUCCUUGUCAGGUGACAGACUGGGAUGCUUCAACUUGUCGGUGAAGGGCCAUGCCGACUGCCUUCGUUUCCUUAGAUCCUUCAAUUUCCCUCUGAUGGUCUUGGGUGGGGGAGGUUAUACACUCCGUAAUGUUGCUCGCUGCUGGUGCUAUGAGACAGCAGUUGCCGUUGGAGUGGAACCUGAAAAUAAACUUCCUUAUAAUGAUUACUAUGAGUACUUUGGCCCUGAGUAUACUCUUCAUGUUGAACCAAGCAACAUGGAGAACCAAAAUUCACCAAAAGAUUUGGAGAAAAUGAGGAAUCUGUUGUUGGAGCACCUAUCAAGGAUAACACAUGCUCCCAGUGUACAGUUUCAGGCACGACCCCCUGAUACUCAAGUUCCAGAUGAGGGAGAGGAGGAUAUGGAUCAAAGACCGAAACCUCGCAUUUGGGGUGAUGAAGAUAUCGGAUCUGAAUCAGAGGAUGAUGAAAAGCCUCGCCUUGAAAAGUCCAAUAUGGGUGAUCAGUCUCUGGUAGACACUGGCAUAAGGAAGUACAUGAAAAAUCGUGACAAAAUAAUUAAAUCAGAGGAUGAUGAAAAGUCUUGCCAUGAAAACUCCAGUAUUGUUGAUGAGUCUCUGGCAGACACUGCCAUAAGGAAGUACAUGAAAAAUCGUGACAAAAUAAUUAAAUCAGAGGAUGAUGAAAAGCCUCGCCAUGAAAACUCCAGUAUUGUUGAUGAGUCUCUGGCAGACACUGCCAUAAGUGACGUGAAAGAAGAAACCACAGAGGAAAAAGAAGUCAAAGAAGAAAAUCCACCAUCUGCUGAAAUGGCUGGAGCUCAAUAGGUCCUGGUUCAUCUCCAUAUCAUUUUCUUGUUUGAAUUAACUCCUGACCAAGGUCGCCCAUCAUACCACAGAAGUACUCACUCAUGGUAACUGUAUCUGGGUCUUCGAUUACUAUUGGGCAGUGGAGGUAGGUAAUUUGACAUCAAGGCACAAAUUCUUCUUUUUCAUGAACAUUUUUGGUUACGGGUGAAGUACAUAUCAUUUGUGCAAAUUAGAUCCAGUGUUUACCCUUAAAAACAUUAUUAACACUGAUGUUGUCCUAGAAGCCUUACCUUGAUAGUAUCCAUAAUCUGUUUUCUUGUUAUACAACAUUGGUAGAAGUUGUAAAGAUACGGGCUUUUCCUUGUUGAUAGGAAUUUCAAUUUGAGUUGUAACUGCAUAGGAUAGAUAUUGCAGCAAAUUAAGAGGACUUUUUCUUUUCUGAAA